GGUCUCAGUCCUUUGGCCACAAGUAUUUUCUAGAGUUGACUUUCCCAUUUGUUUAGACGUUAGUGAUUGAAAAAAAAUUCAAAUAAAAAUCAGCUGAUCACUAACUUCAAGAAGAUGGGCCAAAACAUAUGUAAUCCGGCCUCAAUGACUGUUUGUGCGUGCCAUUUUGGAAGAGACGCAUGAAUCAAGGCUUGUGCACACAGUGAAAAAAAGGAAAGGUGUGGUCACGGCUGUUGAUGACUUGCUCUGAGGUGCGUAUGAGACAGAACAGGAGUGAGACGGAACACGGAAAAACCUGUCUUGGAGAAAUUAAGAUCGCAAGUUUGCCGGACCUCCUUAAGGAGCUGUGUGACCAGUUUCACCAUGAAUUUUAAUCAGUUAAACGGUCCCACGUAUGAAAACCGCGGCUUUCAGCUUCAGGAAAAUAGACCACCGCCUUACGCCCCGCAGCAAGAGCUCUAUCCUUCCCUCCCUCAAGCAACUCCAAGCUAUAUUGCCUUCGCUCCCAAACCUGUCAACACCCACCAAACUACAGCAACUGCUGUGCCACAAAAUACUGCAGAAAAGAAAGGAAUAAAGAGGUGUCCAUGGAAACGUAUCCUGUGUGCAUCCAUAUGUGUUGCUCUUGUCCUGGUGGUGCUCACCCUCCUAUUGUGGUACUUCCUCUACUACCAGUGUGCACUGGGGAAGUCAUGCAGAUACAGUGGGAAGUGUCUACGUUCCUCCCAGUGGUGUGAUGGAGUCAGAGACUGUGCCCAUGGAGAGGAUGAGUCCCAUUGCUUUCGUCUUCACGGAAGCAAAUUCAUGUUGGAGAGUUUCUCAUCACACAAGCAAUUGUGGGUGCCUGUAUGCAGUGACAGAUGGGAUGACAACUAUGGGAAAGCUGUGUGCGAGUUGAUGGGUUACAAGAGGCAGGAUUACGUAACCUACAGUCGAACAAACGCAGGUUCUUUAGCCUCGAGAGGAUUCAUGAAGCUGAUGCCUGAGAGUGAUCACAAAUCGCAAAUACACUCGCAGCUAUUUUACAGUCCAAUUUGCAAAGAGAGUUCUGUCGGCCUCCACUGUAUGGACUGUGGAGAGAGUGUUGCAUCCCCUAGCAGUCGCAUUGUAGGGGGUACAGAGGCUUCAAAUGGAGUCUGGCCAUGGCAAGUCAGUCUCCAGGUUUUUGGUCACACUUGCGGAGGCUCCAUUAUCAGCCCGUACUGGAUUGUAUCUGCUGCGCAUUGCUUCCAAAUGUACUCCAUACCAUCAAUGUGGACAGUGUACUCCGGCGACAUAAGCUUGUUUCGAAUGAGUUCUUAUGGCGGCAACAAAAUUGACAAAAUCAUUAGUCAUGAGAAGUACGACUCAGACACUAACGACAAUGACAUCGCUCUUCUGAAGCUUAAAACACCCUUGAGAUUUUCAAGGACGGUAAAGCCAGUGUGCUUGCCAAACGUCGGCAUGCAAUUCUCAGAUGGACAUCCAGCUUGGAUUACAGGAUGGGGAGCUUUACAACCAUCUGGCCCAUCGCCUGACAAACUCAACCAGGCCGAGGUGACCAUUUACAGCAGAGAGGACUGUAACAAACAUGCGAUUUUGAAUGGGGCAGUUACUGAAUCGAUGAUUUGUGCUGGCAAACUAAACGGAGGCGUAGAUUCAUGUCAGGGUGACAGUGGAGGGCCCUUGGUGGUCAGAGAGGCAGACUUGUGGUGGCUGGCAGGGGACACUAGCUGGGGGAUUGGAUGUGCUCUGAAGAACAAGCCAGGGGUCUAUGGCAAUGUGACCCACUUUCUUGACUGGAUAUAUUGGCAGAUGCAGAAUGACUGAUGGGGAUACUGGCGAACAGCAACACAUUGCUUGGCGUACUUAAUACAAAAACAUUGCACUUUGGAAUGGAAAUAUUGGUGAACACUGUAUGUUUCUAUUUGAACAAAUGUACAUAAAUAAAGACUUUCUUUUUUUUUUGCACAAAGA